CCUCUUAAUUCCAGGAUGCUGCCCAAAUGAAGCUCACAUAAAUUGUCCCAUUGGGGGUGAUUUUUGUUUGUCUGUUUAGUUUUUUUUCCCCUUGUUCCUAAGGAAUCUGUAUAAAGCAACAGUUGCCCCUCUAGUUCUGAACAACCUAUAAUGGACUUCAGUGGACGAUAUGAACUCCAGAGCCAAGAAAAUGUGGAACUAUUUAUGGAUGUUCUGGGAGUCCCAGAUGACAUGAUUGAAAAAAUUAAAGACCUCAGGAGAGUUACUAAAAUUGUCCAAAAUGGAGAAGACUUUAUAGUUGCUAUACAAACUGGUGAUGAAGUACUUGUCAAUAACUUUACACUUGGACAAGAGACACAUGUGCAAACUCCUGCAGGAGACAAGAUAAAGGCUGUAAUGAACCUAGAGGGAGGAAAUAAACUAGUCGUUAAAGCGAAAGACUUUACUUCUGUUGCAGAGUUCAAUGGAGAUCAGCUGACAAAUACCAUCACUUUUGGUGAUGUUGUUUACAAACAAAUAAGCAAAAAAGUUGAAGAGCCUGAUGCUGAAGAAGAUCACCUGUAGUUCAUUAUGAAAAUAAAAUGUUGUGAACUGA